AUGUCCUACGCCAGAUCGCUGUCCAUGCAGCACGAGCACGGACAUCUCCCGUCGUCGCAGUCGCCUAUCACUCCAAAGCUGCAAUUCUUCAAUUCUGUCACCACAGAUGGGCAGCAAAUACCCACAUACAGGGUGCUUGAUGGCGUCGGAAAGCCGAUUGAAGGCGCGACGUUGCCUGAGAUCGGGGAAGACGUGGCACGACGAAUGUAUGAGAACAUGGUACAGCUGCCAAUCAUUGACAACCUCAUGUACAACGUGCAACGACAAGGCAAGCUGGCUUUUUACAUGACGCAUUACGGCGAAGAAGCUACCUUAAUAGGGUCAGCUGCUGCCCUGGCCCUUGACGACGAAGUGCUUGGGCAAUAUCGGGAGUUGGGUGUCCUCAUGUGGCGAGGCUUUACUCUGGAUGACAUGAUGAAUUCAUGCUUCGGUAACUGCGAGGAUCCUUGUUCGCGAGGCAAACAGAUGCCCAUGCAUUUUGGCUCUCGAGCACACCAUUUCCACAUGAUCUCCUCGCCCUUAGCGACCCAGAUCCCCCAAGCAGCGGGAGUCGGAUUCGCAAUUAAGCGCGAUCCAGCCCGGCGAGGUCGUAAUUGUGCUGUAGUCUAUUUUGGCGAGGGCGCGGCCUCGGAGGGCGACUUCCACGCGGGAAUGCUUUUCGCUUCCACGAUACCUUCUCCCACGCUGUUCAUCGCACGCAACAACGGCUUCGCGAUCUCGACGCCUGCUACGGAACAAUAUUACGGCGACGGUAUCGCAGCCAGAGGUCCAGGCUACGGUGUACAUACAAUACGAGUCGAUGGAAACGACGUCCUCGCGGUUUACAAUGCAAUCAAAGAGGCUAGAACGCUCUGCAUCGACGAAGGCCGCGCCGUCCUCGUGGAAGCAAUGACAUACCGCGUGGGCCACCACUCGACCUCGGACGAUUCCUUCGCCUAUCGUCCCCGGCAGGAAGUGGAGGACCGCAAGCGGUUAGACAACCCCAUCGCGCGUUUCCGCCUGUUCCUCGAGGCGCGCGGGUGGUGGUCAGCAGACGAGGAGAACGCGUUGAGAGCUCGGCUCAAGGACGAGGUCAUGAGUGCGUUUAGGCGAGCAGAGGCGCUGCCAAAGCCCGAGCUUAAGGAGAUGUUUGACAACGUGUACGGAGGCGAGGAGCCGUGGUCGAUUAGGGAACAGCGCGAGGAGCUGAGCAGGCUCUUGAAAAAAUACGGGAAUGUUUGGGAGCCAUGGAGGUCCGAGCUGCAGAAGCACAAGGGUGCUGGGAAGGAGCUGAUGGAGGACUCGCAGUGA